AUGGUGUCCGCAAAGAAGCACGUUCCUAUCGUCAAGAAGCACCCCAAGUCCUGGUUCCGACACCAGUCCGACAGAUUCAAGUGCGUGCCCUCAGCAUGGAGAAAACCAAAGGGUAUCGACAACCGAGUCCGAAGACGAUUUAAGGGCCAGAUGGUGAUGCCAUCGAUCGGUUUUGGCUCCAACAAGAAGACCCGACACAUGAUGCCCUCAGGCCACCGAGCAUUCCUCGUUCACAACGCCCGCGAUGUCGAAAUCCUCCUCAUGCACAACCGAACAUAUGCCGCCGAGAUCGCAUCCGCUGUUUCUUCCAGGAAGCGAGUCGAAAUUGUCGCCAAGGCAAAGGCUUUGGGUGUCAAGGUUACCAACCCCAAGGCUAAGCUCACCACUGAGUCAUAA